CUGCUCCUAUUGCCCCUGAGUGCAGGGAUCCCCAUCCAGGGUGACCAGGCACCCUCCUUUUCCAGGACAUGUCCCGCAUUGCAACCUUCUGUCCAGGAGGAAUUCCAAAACGUACUCCAUUUUGAGCAUGGCUAAGAAGCAUGAGUGCCGCUAGCUUUUAUUUGGUCAUGCCCUAUCUUUUUCUUGAAUGUCAUAUAUUAUUCUUGAAUGGCCUCCAUUUUGUGGUGCUUAGUCCUUCUUCAUGGUUAGUUCAGCUUGUCCCUUGCUAUGCCAUUCAUUCAUUUCAUUUAGAGUAUUUAUAUGCUGAUCUUCUGCCACAAAGGCUCUCAGAGCGGUUUACAGAUUGCUAAUUUGACAGUUCCCUGCCCUCAGGUUUACAGUCUAAAAAAGACAUGACACAAAAAUGCAUUUCAACCAAAAGACCUUCAGGUAUAUUACUGAGCAAUGCAGCCUUUGCUUGACUACAGUAAGAUACUGGAGUGGAAACUUAGAGGAGAAGGGACAGGGCUACUGUGACGGCAGUGUGAUGACCUCAGCAUUAUUUCUCCAGAGAGGACCGUCCUGAAGAGGGAAUUUAGGUUUAGGGUGACUUAUCCUCAAGAGCAGCACAGUCUGUAACUUUUCUCAGCUUUAAACAAGGCUGGCAAACUUGCUGCAUGUCCGUUCAGGGCUCCCCACCUCCAGAAAGAUGCCAACAAAGUGGAAGAUAUUGGAUGGUACCAGCGCAGAAAUGAUAUACUGAAAAAUCUUUAUAGUCGUAAAACUCCUGGGCAAGAGACAGAGAAAAAGCAUAAGGACUUGGCGUAACCCACGUGUUGAGGACUGUCACACUAAUACGAUGGCUCAGGCAAGUCUUCUGGCCUGCGAGGGACUCUCCGGGGUUUGCCUUGUGCCGACUGUUGCCAGCAAGAAGAUGAUGCCGAAGCAAAGCUCUAAGCAGGUGGAGAAUGGAGAGAGAGGGGGUGCGCCGGACAUGCUGGGUCAUCGCAAGGAAAGUGAGAAAUCACGCAACCGGAAGGAGGACGAAACCACAGAAGGAUCACCACCUAAAAAGAAUCUUAAAAAGGUGGUGGUGAUAGAGCAGAAUGGAUCCUUCCAACUCCGGAUCCCCAAGAACUUUAUUUGUGAGCACUGCUUAGGGGCAUUCCGGAGCAGCUACCAUCUCAAAAGGCACAUCCUCAUCCAUACGGGUGAGAAGCCAUUUGAAUGUGAUGUGUGUGAUAUGCGCUUCAUCCAGAAAUACCAUCUGGAACGCCACAAACGUGUGCACAGUGGGGAGAAACCAUACCAGUGUGAGCGCUGCCUACAGAGCUUCUCGAGGACAGAUCGGCUGCUGAGACACAAACGAAUGUGCCAGGGCUGCCCAAGCAAAGGAUCUGACUCACAGCUGCUGCUUUAGGAGCAGGUCAGGAAAGAGGGAUUCAGAAAGAGCUGGAAACCCAGGAGGGUUCUUAGUGGGUCUUUUUCUUCAUUUGUUUUUCGCACUAUGUGUGCCUGCUGGGCCUGUCACUGUGGAAGAGGCAGAACUAAUCAGGGCACAGACUUUCAGAAAGGUCUUGACACUGUAAAUACAUUGAAGAUAAACAGAGGUUGGCUGCCAGCCAGGAGACACCCGGUACAGUUGUGAAUAUACUUUGGGUAUUCUUUAAAAAAAAAACAUUUAUCACCAUUUGCCUCAGGAAUGGCUUUGAGAAGAAUGGCUGGGCCUCCUACAAGACUUGUGAAUGAAAUUGCUCUUCUUGAUUGACCAGAGAUCUAUCAGCUUGCCCAAACUUUGUGCUUGCAAAGAUGACAAGAGAAAACAGGUGGGCCUUUUUUAAAAUAUAGAAAAAUUUAAAAGAAGACAAGAAUCACAUACCAAACUGUUUUACAGAGAUGAGACCUGAGACAAAUAGAUAUAAAAUAAGGUUAGGAGCAGAAUUCUGAUUCCAGGAGUCACAGCUGUGCAUCUCAUCUGAGUUUUGCCAUAAGAUCUACACAACUCUUUUUUCCUCUUGCAGUAUCUGGGCUUGUGUGAUUCUUUUCUGGGCUUAUGAUUCUUUUCAUGACUUUUGGUUUUUAAGAAGAGUUGGAGCAGAUGGCAUAUUCUCCCAAGUAUUACAGAAGUCCCACUUUUCAAAUGUUACUACUGGCAAGGUUGAGAAGAAAUGCUGAAAGAGAUCCAGCUGGCUGGAGGGACACAUCUGGUUAUUUCCAGUGAGGGAAGAAACUUGAGUCCAUUUACAGGAAGCUUGGUUCAUGUCCUCCUCCACUUCCUUGUAAAGAUCCAUGCAUCAUGCUCCCCACAUUAAAUGUUCUUUUAAGGCAGAAUUCACAAUCUUGUCAGAGGAGAAUGUCCCCCUCUGCCCCAAAAAUACAUCAGCCAACUGAAAUUCAAGAUGAACAGUCUCCAAGAAGUCUUCCUAUAACAGCAAGGAAUGAUAGUUACGGCACUGUAUUGAAGACAGGGGGCGUCUAGCCAUCCAGAUGUUGGGAUGCAACUUAUAUCCCCACAAUUGACUGUGCUGGCUAGGGCUGAUGGGAUUUGCAGUCCUACCACUUCUGGAGGGCUGGAUUAUACAUUCCCCAACUCUGUUCAGUAUGAACCUUGAAGCCAAGGUCCAUCCAUGUUCUUUGCUGCAUUAAAUUAGUUCAUGCUGCCUUUGGCCAAAGAAAGUCCUACCUCUGUCUUAGGAAGGGCAUUCUCUUGUGAGAAACAAAUGUUUCAAGAUGCUCUUGGCUGCUGUUGGAAGCUGUUUCCAAAAGAUUCAAACUGAUUCAGUAUGUACCAUUCUGGCCUGUGCUGUUGUCCCCUGCUAGAACCUUUUAAGUAUUCUUCUAGUUCUGCAUUGAAGCCGAUAUAUUAUGAAUGGACACUUGCAUUUGAGAUUACUAUGUCAUUUUUGCUGUAAAAUGGAAUUCACUCUCAUUCCCUCCCAUCCUUGGAGUUAACUUUUAUUAUGCUUCUGUUGGGUCCCUGAUUCAUUUCUCAGUGCAAGAUAGGUUUGAGACUUAGAUCAACAGGGGACUGGUUUUGCUCAGAGCAGCUUUUUGGAAGUGAGAAAGGUUUCCAUUUCCACCUGUGCUACUGAAAAGGUUUGUAAAUAGAGAGAUAGGACAUUAAAAAUCAAGGUUUCUUCCAAAGGUACAGUCAUGCAAGAGAAUCGAGUGUACUAGCAAUAGGCGUUGUGCUCUAGGUGAAGCUGAAAAACUUAUCAGGUUGGAGAGAAUAUCCUUUUUAUUAUAUCCUUGGUACUUUUCCAAACUGCUGUCUCCCCAGGCACAUUUCUUUAGUAGACUCCUUUGUCCUCACGUAGACAAGCUAAAAUUUAGUCAGAGUGCCAUUGUUAUGUGAGGCUUUCCCAUCCACACCUGCUCAGCUUCACCUACUUCCUCAGGUACUCCCAUACCAUUUAAGCAGGCCUCAGAAUUUGUGUAGUAUCGGAUCUCUACGUAGGCAAAAUAUCAGUAUGGUGGAAUAGAGGGAACUAUUAGGAACGUAGAGGGCGUGUUGCCUGUCACCAUUUGUAUGACUAGAGAGUAAGCCAUUGGUAUACCUAUCCUGCUCCACAGUCUGCUAUAUCUUAAAGCCAAGUUAUAUUCAUGUUUAAACCUUAAUGGCUGCUUUCCUCUGUUAUUUGUUGAAGCAGAGAUGGAUGAAAAAUUGUAUCGCAAGAGCCAUCUCUCACCCAGCAUUUCACUGGGCUGAACAAUUAAUUAUGCCUGAUAAGGAUAAUUACAGAAUCAGGAAUAUUGGUGGCACAGUGGUUAAAUGCAUGUACUGCAGCCACUCACUCACAAACCAUAAGGUUGUGAGUUCAAUCCCAGCCAAGGGGGCUCAAGCUCAACUCAGGCUUGCAUCCUUCCGAGGUCGCUAAAAUGAGUAUCCAGAUUGUUGGGGGCAAUUAGCUUACACAUUGUAAACCACUUAGGGAGUGCUAAGCAGUAUAGAAAUGUACUUGAUAUUACUAUUGCUAAUGUUAUACCAAGUGGCCACUUGUUUUAAAUGAAAGCAAACAGACAAAAAAAAAAUGGGAGCAACUGUGUAGCUUUUUUUCAGGUUUCUGUGGACUGCUUACUCCUAAAGUUGGGGGAGGGGAUUGUGCAUUAGGAUAUAUUUGUGAAAAUGUGGGGAGUUAGGAGGGAAAUAAAGGUGGAAUCUGCUUUGUGCCACAUUUCCAAGGGGACCAUGUGUGUGCUACAUUGGAAAAAAUCUUCACGUAGAAAAAAUAUCAUUGUCGAACAAUAAGACAUUUUUGUUCUCAUCCAUUUCUGGCUAGUCUUUUUGCCUUUAUCAAUAGUACUAGAGGCACAGCAUCACAAAGCAUUUUUGUUUUCCUGUUUUGCUGGCUGUUUCUUCAUAUACAUAACAGGUUGGCUGUCCAGAUCUCCUAAGUAAAGUGUUUCAUGCUGGCAGGCCCAUUUUGUGUCAAUGAAGGUGCUUAUGCUAUCAUAGCUUACAUUUGACUGAAGCAUGUGUAGGUUUUGUAGUACCAAGUUGAGAGUGUUUGAAGUCUACCUGGAAAAAAAAGUGGGGGUGCCAAGAACACAGUAUGUGCUGUGGAAUGAGGAAUCUUCAGCUGGCUGUUGACAUUUAACUAGCAAAGCCAUUUGAUAGCUUUCACUGAAAAACUUGCAAAAGAAAACAACUUUUGUUUUAGGUGAUACAUGGUAGAAUGCUGACAUUAUUCUGUAAGCAGUGUUUCCUAAGUGAGGUGGGUCUAACUUCAGACAGUGACUUCUGUAUUGUCUUUGCUGUUGAAGUUUUUCUCAGAACCUGGAUAGAGGGAGUAGGUGGUAGAGAAAUGUGGCUGGCUGUGCGGGGAGAAGGUGGCUUCCUGUUUUUCCAUCAGAGCCAUCUUCUCUGUGCAGUUGGCAUGUGGCCACCUUCUGUUUCAUCUUCUGCAAGUUAUGUCUGCCUGCUAGGCUAUGUUACUCCUCAACCCUGAAGGGGAAUUGUUUGCAAAGGAGGACUGUUUCACUCUGUAAACAUAUCUCAUGUUCCUCAAGUAAAGGUCUGCCCUGAGAAAGGUUUGCAGAGUUUUCAGAUAUUUAGGAACAAGAUGUCAUGAUGUCUAACUAGAAGAGACCUAUUUGAUAAGUGGAAUUUACCUGUGUUGACUCACCAUUCAACAGUUAAUUUAAUAGAUCGACUUGGUUUAGGACUAACCAACAGGAUGCCAGACUGUACAUCAUGUUCUUCAAAGUCAUAAUUAAAUGAUGAAAGAGACUCCAUUAAGUAAGUUGACUGUAGCACCAAGGAAAUGAUGGUUUAUUUGGAAAUGGUCCAAAGGGAAAUGGGUGUCUUUGUAAAAGGAUUCUUGCUCUUUUUAGCCAUAGAGGUGAAACUGACUUAGAACAAAGGUGAAAUUUACAGAAUUUUACUGUGUUGACAUGAGGUGCAAAAUGGCCAGAGUAAUUCCGAUCAUAGCAUGAAGAGGCAAUGGUGCCAAGAGAAAGUUGUGACAUCAUGAAGGUUGAGGAAAGUGAAAUUAAGAAACCCAGUUUCAGUCAGCAGGGUGGUUACUCUUGUUUUUAAAUGUUCUUGAUGGUGCUGAUAGUUUUCAGGGUCACAUUGAUGUGAUUGUAGCAAAGAGCUAAUUGAUUGGGAUGCUUCACUUCUUAAGUAAGAAAUUGGGUUCUACAUAAGGUGUGGAAUUUGUUCCCCUGGAUUGUAUACACAAACUCAUAUGCAGACAUCGUCUCUGUUAAUGGAGUAGUCUCCUCUCUUGGUUGAUUGUUGGGGGAAAGUCAGUGCUUUGGGAGCAUGUGCCAUGUUGUGGUUGAACUGUCACUUGCAACGUUUCCCUUGCUCAAGGUGUUCUUUGUAACAGUCUACUAGUAAUGUUCAUCUGGAGAACGUUUUUAGGAACAGCUGUAUUAUCCCUGCUCUCUACCUUUCGAACCAUCUGUCAGACAACAUGGCUUGGAACUUGUUGAAACUCCUGUUCUCUUUUUGGUGGCUUGUGUACAAAAUUCACCUGUCAGCUGUACCCUGUUAAUUGUUCAUAUAUGUGGCAAGCUGCCUUAAGUUGCUUCCUAAUGGCUGAAGAUAAUGCUGGCUUUGAUUCAGGCAUUUGGUUGAGGUGGGAGAAAUUGGAAAAUUCUAGCACUUCCAGUUGAACAGAGAAUCUAUCAGUUUUCCCAGUCUGCUCUAGCCUAGUAUCAAAGUCUGAUGGCAUUUUUUUUUCUAGAAAUGUUUUUCUCCCCACCCUUCCUAUUAAUUCACAUAUUUUGUUAUGGGGGAGGGAAUUACAACAGGACUGUGUUACCCAACUGUAGUUUUUAUAAGAUGUUAUAAACUUGUAUCUUUUUAUCAUUA